AUGCCGUACGCUAAUCAACCUUCAGUGCAUAUUUCGGAUUUGACCGAAGAAAAUGUCAAAUUUCAAGUGGAGGAUACAGAACUCAGUGUUGCAAAUAGCAUGCGCCGAGUAUUUAUCGCGGAAACACCAACAUUGGCCAUUGACUGGAUCCAACUGGAGGCAAACUCAACUGUCCUUAGUGACGAGUUCCUCGCUCACCGUAUCGGCAUGAUACCUUUGAUCAGCGACGAGGUUGUUGACAAACUCCAGUACACCCGAGAUUGCUCCUGUCAGGAUUUCUGCCCGGAGUGCAGCGUGGAAUUUACUUUAGACGUCAAGUGCACUGAGGAUUCCACCCGGCAUGUAACGACAGCUGAUUUGAAGUCCAGUGAUCCCAGGGUCAUGCCGGUUACUUCUAAGCACCGUGAGGAUGACGCUAAUGAGUAUGGAGAAACAGAUGAAAUCUUGAUAGUAAAAUUAAGAAAAGGACAAGAAUUGAAAUUAAGAGCUUACGCUAAAAAAGGAUUUGGUAAAGAACACGCUAAAUGGAACCCUACUGCUGGAGUUUGUUUUGAAUAUGAUCCAGAUAAUUCAAUGCGUCAUACUUUGUAUCCGAUUCCUAGCGAAUGGCCUAAAUCUGAGUACAGUGAACUUGAGGAAGAUCAGUUCGAAGCUCCAUUCAACUGGGAAGCCAAGCCGAAUAAAUAUUUCUUUAACGUCGAAAGCAGCGGAGCCCUGAAGCCGGAGAAUAUCGUCAUGAUGGGAAUAGCAGCUCUGAAGAAUAAAUUAUCUAAUUUGCAGACUCAAUUAAGUCACGAAGUCCAAAACGACGCACUCAGCAUCCAUCAUUAA